AUGGAUGGGCUGGGGGAGCCGAAGGGCACCUCUGAGGAGGAGCAGGACCAGGCAGACCCCCAGGACACGGUAGUCCUCGGCCUGCCCAGCGCCUGGGCCGAGGAGGCGUGCACGCGCACCUGCCCGGCCGCCUGCUCCUGCAGCAGCACCGAGCGCGGCUGCUCCGUGCGCUGUGACCGCGCCGGCCUCCUGCGGGUGCCGGCCGAGUUUCCGUGCGAGGCAGCUUCCAUCGACCUGGACCGGAACGGCCUGCGCUUCCUGGGCGAGCGGGCCUUUGGCACGCUGCCGUCGCUUCGCCGCCUGUCGCUGCGCCACAACAACCUGUCCUUCAUCACGCCCGGCGCCUUCAAGGGCCUGCCGCGCUUGGCCGAGCUGCGUCUGGCGCACAACGGCGAGCUGCGCUACCUGCACGCGCGCACCUUCGCCGCGCUCAGCCGCCUCCGCCGCCUCGACCUGGCCUCCUGCCGCCUCUUCACGGUGCCUGAGCGCCUCCUGGCCGAGCUGCCCGCCCUGCGAGAGCUCGCCGCCUUCGACAACCUGUUCCGCCGCGUGCCCGGCGCGCUGCGCGGCCUGGCCAACCUGACGCAUGCGCACCUGGAGCGCAGCCGCAUCGAGGCGGUGGCGUCUAGCUCGCUGCAGGGUCUGAGGCGCCUGCGCUCGCUCAGCCUGCAGGCCAACCGCGUCCGCGCCGUGCACGCAGGCGCCUUUCGCGACUGCGGCGCCCUGGAGCAUCUGCUGCUCAAUGACAACCUGCUGGCCGAGCUGCCUGCCGAAGCCUUCCAAGGCCUGCGCCGCCUGCGCACGCUCAACCUGGGCGGCAACGCGCUGGGCCUUGUGGGGCGCGCCUGGUUCGCCGACCUGGCGGAGCUUGAGCUGCUCUACCUGGAUCGCAACAGCAUCGCCUUUGUGGAGGAGGGCGCCUUCCAGAACCUAUCGGGCCUCCUUGCUCUGCACCUCAAUGGCAACCACCUCACCGUGCUGGCCUGGGCUGCCUUCCAGCCUGGCUUCUUCCUGGGCCGCCUCUUUCUCUUCCGCAACCCGUGGCGCUGUGACUGCCGCCUGGAGUGGCUGCGGGACUGGAUGGAGAGCUCCGGGCGCGUGGCCGACGUGCCGUGCGCCUCCCCAGGCUCCGUGGCCGGCCUGGACCUCAGCCAGGUGGCCUUUGCGCGCACUUCCGAUGGCCUCUGUGUGGAUCCCGAGGAGCUGAACUUCACCGCAUCCAGUCCAGGCCCGUCCCCAGAGCCUGCGGCCACCACCGUGAGUAGGUUCAGCAGCCUCCUCUCCAAGCUGCUGGCCCCAAGGGCCCCGGUGGAGGAGGUGGCCAACACCACCGAGGGAAUGCUCAACACCUCUCUGUCUGACAGCCUUCUCUCCGGUGGGGUCGUUGUUUUGGGCCACAGCACCUGGUUUCUCCUCGGCUCUGGUCUCCUGCUCAUCGUGGUGUUUGUCCUACACAUGGACUGA